UCUUGACAUUGGAAAACUAUCACCCAGCUUCAUCCGCAAAUUUAUCAAUCCCAACAGUUUCAGAUCAUCGAAUAAUCCUAUCCACUAUCUGCAAUUGCAUUGCGCCCUUUCUCUUUCAAUAUGUCGUACCCCAAAAGUGAAUAUAACGACCAUCACCCAGAGGGCUGCUCUUGGGACCAAGUUGAGAGAUCAAGCUCAUAUCCCCAGCAGGUCUCCCACAGUGCACAACACUCUCUUAAUGACCAUGUAUCGCUCUCUUCCUACGCUGGCACAAGCUCGUCUCACUACGGCUCUGCACGCAUACCAGCCGUACCCACGAAUACUCAUAGCCCCGUCCCACCACCAUACGAGUCCCAGCAACAGCCUGGUGAAAAUACUUCUUAUUAUCAAUAUACUCCUCCAUAUGAUGGAGUGGAUUCGAGUCAUACUUCUGAGAACAGGUAUGGUGAGAAGGGCCUUGGGUCUACCGUCACAGGUGGUGCAGCUGGAGGAUAUGCAGCCCAUAAGAUGGGUGGUGGGAAGUUGGCCACUGCAGGAGGUGCACUUUUGGGAGCUGUUGGCAUGAAUAUGGCGACAAAGAAGAUUAAACAAGACCAUGACCAACAACAGCAACAGCAACAGCAACAGCAACAGCAACAGCAACAGCAACAUCAACCUGCACAAACUGUUAUAGUUGUACCAGCUCAAGGGGCAGCACCGAGCAAUGGUUUAGGUGGAGGCCUUGGUCUGGGUUCAGGCUUGGGUAUGGGUGGUGGCAUUGGGCUUGGCCGGGUUCAUCGCAGGCUUGCACGUCGCGGAAUUGGCAUGUACUAAAUGACUCUCAACCUCGUUGAGUUCUGUGGCAGCAAGCAUCACGUUAUGUGUCACACAUAGAAGAUGUGGCUGCAGUCUCUAUAUAGAAGAAUCAAUAAUCUCUCCUCCACA